AUGGAUGGCAAAAGAUAGUAGUAUAUUUCAGAGGAAAGGUAAAAUGAUUUGCCACCGCUAUUCGGCAUACCUAUUUCAGUCAAAGAUUUAGUAAGCUAUUAACAUGAAAUUGAACCAAUUUAGCUGGAAGAGAGAGGUAAAAUGGUAACAAUAGGGUGUGCUCAUUUAUGCUAGCAUAAAUUUGAAAAUGACUGUGCAACUAUUAGACUAUAUAGAGAAGCCGGAGCUAUUUUUCUUGUGAGAGGAAACGUAUCAUAGGUAAGAAUGAAAAUGUAAAUUCUAUCAUAGUGUGUAUUGACAGUGCAUUCAGAAAAUCCAGUAUGGGGUACAUCUAAGAAUCCAAAAAAUUAAUUAAGAUCAUGUGGUGGAAGUUCUGGAGGUGAUGCAGCACUAGUUGCCUCAAAAUGUAUUCCUUUUGCAAUAGGUUCUGAUCUUGGAGGUUCAAUUAGAAUUCCAGCUACAUUUAAUGGAAUCUGUGGAUUUAAGCCGACUCCUGGACGAGUUAGUAUUAAGGGUUGUAGAGCUGUGUUACCUAAUGGUGAUUCCCCAUUCAAAGAUAUAGAUGCAUCACCAGGUCCUUUAGCUAAUUCUGUUGAUGAUUUAGUAAUUGGAUUUAAGAUUUAAAUAAAUGAUAAAAUAAGCGAAAUUGAUCACAGAGUAGAGAAGAGUAACUUUGAUAACGAAUCAUUUUAGUAGGCUUAGUAAAAUAAAAUUAAAAUAGGCAUAGUAAAAUCAUUCGAAACAGUACCAGUGAGUAAAGCAAUGAUUAGAGUGAUGACUGAAACUGAGGAUAUGCUGAUUAAAUUGGGAUACGAAGUUAUUACAACUGAGAUUAGUUAUGAAGAAUUAAUGAAUGUAAGAAGAGUGUUCCUAGGAUUAAUUCUAGGUCAUUUUAUGGCACCAAGUAUCAAAGAAAUGUUUGACUAAUUUGAUGAGCCAUUAGAAAGUUACAAAUUCCUUUAUAACUAUUACUAUAAGUCAAAUAAGGAACGUGAAUAGUUCAAAUAAAGUAUGAGUGAAAGAGAAAGAGAUAGAAUGAAGGCUUUAGAAUCUGUUUCUAUGAAAGAGCUGUUCAUUUUAUUAAUAGAAAUGAGAAAGUUAUGUGAAGAUUUAAUGAUAAUGAUAUUCAAAGAGAAAGAUAUUGAUGUAAUUAUUUGCCCUAAUUAUCAUCACUCUGCUUUUACGAUUAAAAAUGCAGAUAUACUUGGAGGUCUACUAGAUUACUAACAUAUUUGGAGUUUAUUAUAACUCCCAUGCGGAAGUUUGACAGUUUCUACUGUUAAUUAAGAAGAUUUAUUAAGAUAAAUUUAUGAAGAUAAAUAUAAUGAUGAAUUAACUAGGCUUAUUAAGGAGGACAUUGUGAAUAGUCAAGGAUUGCCUCUAGGAAUAUAAUUGAUUGGGCAGAGAUUUCAGGAUGAAAAAGUAUUAGGCCUGAUGAAAGUAAUAGAAAAAUAAUUAAAAAUAUGA